AUGAAGUUCUCCGGCUUGUUCACCCUGGCUCUUGCCACUGUUGCUAUUGCUACCCCGGCCAAGCGCGCCGACUCUGCUGCCGACAUCAUCGACAACAUCUCUGCCCAGGUCGACAAGUUCGACGAGGCCGUCAGCGCCUACAAGGGCGGCGACCCCUCCAAGACCCUCGAGGCCUCUGACGAGCUCAUCAAGGUCAUCAAGAGCUCCGUCGAGCAGGUCAACAGCGGCCCCGACCUCUCCAACUCCGACGCUCUGGCUCUCACCAGCCCCGUCCAGGACCUGACCAAGAAGGUCGAGGGUGUCGUCGACAAGGUCAUCUCCGCCAAGUCUGAGGUCGUCAAGGCCGGCGCCGGCGGCGACGUCAAGCAGUCCCUCAACGACCAGUACGACGCUGCCUCCUCGCUCGCCAAGGCCCUCUCCUCCAAGGUCCCUGAGUCUCUCUCUGACAUCGCCGAGGAGCUCUCUUCCGGUAUCACCGAUGCCAUCCAGAAGGGUGUCGACGCCUACAAGGACGUCUCCGACUCCGACGGCGGCGACUCCACCUCUUCUUCCUCUUCUGCUGAGCCCACCGAGACCUCCACUGGCUCUUCCACUGAGACUGCCACUGACGAGCCCACUCCCACCUCUUCCACCCCUGUGAUCCCCACCGGUGGCUCUGAGCCCACUGGCUCCAGCACCCCUACCAGCUCUCCCACCGGCUCCGCCACUCCCCCCGAGUUCACCGGCGCUGCCUCCAAGCAGAGCUUCUCCCUCGUCGGCGGUGCUCUUGCUGCCGUUGCCGUCGCUGUUGCCGUCUAA